AUGCUUUUUUAUAUUUUUAACCCAAUAUCCGUCAUUAGAGCUUCCUCACGUGCUUAUUUAUGCUGUACAGUACCAGCUAAGAUUACUGCGUGCACACCAGUUCCCGAUUUAGAUUCAGCAUCAAGUUGUGAAAAUAUUCUCGCUCAUACCUCUUUACAAUUAGCUGUAUGGGUUAUGGGCAUCACUGCUUUCGUUGGAAAUAUCCUUGUCAUGUUUAAAAUUCGUGCUAAUAAAGAUCGCAAAACAAGUAAGGCUACUGAUCUAGUCUUUAACAGCUUAGCUCUAUCCGAUUUUUUAAUGUCCAUAUACCUGUUUAUUAUUGCUGUUGGUGAUAUAAUUUAUCGCGAUCGUUAUGCUCAAUAUGCAGAAGAGUGGCUGAGCAGUCCAGCAUGUGUUAUUGCAUCAUUUUUAGUGUGUACAUCAAGUUUAAUGUCGGUUAGUAUGAUGCUGUUUAUUGCCAUCGAUCGUUAUUCCCUCGUUGUAAAUCCAUUUUCAUCCGACGGAAGAUAUAAGCGAACUAAGACAUCAUUAUUAAUAGGAUGGUUGCUGACUUGUAUUUUCGUCGGUGUACCGAUUAUUAUGGGUAUUAAUGAAACUGGAGAUAUGCGUUUAUAUCAGUUUAGUUCUAUUUGCUCUCCAAGUAAUCUAGACAAUACAUUCUAUAGUGGUUGGAUAGCUGUAUUUGUAGCAUUACAAAUAAUAUGUUGGAUAUCAACCGUAAUUAUUUAUUUGUUCUUAUUAAUGACGGUCGGUAAAUCGCAGCGCUCAGUUCGUAGCAAUGCCCGAUCUCGUAAUUAUGCUAUUGCUAUCCGAAUAUCGCUUAUUUUAAUUACAGACUUGGUCGCUUGGCUACCCAUCUAUGCUAUUUCUGUUAUUGCUUUGAUUAAUGGCACCAUCAAUAUAUUUGUACUACAGUUUGCGGUUAUUUUGGCAAUACCAUUAAAUUCAGCGAUUAAUCCAUAUAUUUAUACAGCAACUGGAACGGCAUGUUUUCUUCGAUUAACUACUAUUACGAGUAAAAAAUCUUCGUCAUGA